AUGCUUAGUGUGGGCAAAGUGGAGUGUGGGCAAAGUGGAGUGUGGGCAAAGUGGAGUGUGGGCAAAGUGGAGUGUGGGCAAAGUGGAGUGUGGGCAAAGUGGAGAGUGGGCAAAGUGGAGAGUGGGCAAAGUGGAGAGUGGACAAAGUGGAGAGUGGGCAAAGUGGAGAGUGGGCAAAGUGGAGAGUGGGCAAAGUGGAGAGUGGGCAAAGUGGAGAGUCGGCAAAGUGGAGAGUCGGCAAAGUGGAGAGUCGGCAAAGUGGAGAGUCGGCAAAGUGGAGAGUCGGCAAAGUGGAGAGUCGGCAAAUCGGCAAAAAGUGGAGAGUCGGCAAAGUGGAGAGUCGGCAAAGUGGAGAGUUGGCAAAGUGGAGAGUCGGCAAAGUGGAGAGUCGGCAAAGUGGAGAGUCGGCAAAGUGGAGAGUCGGCAAAGUGGAGAGUCGGCAAAGUGGAGAGUCGGCAAAGUGGAGAGUCGGCAAAGUGGAGAGUCGGCAAAGUGGAGAGUCGGCAAAGUGGAGAGUCGGCAAAGUGGAGAGUCGGCAAAGUGGAGAGUCGGCAAAGUGGAGAGUCGGCAAAGUGGAGAGUCGGCAAA